AGACGCGCGUCAUCUUCCCGCGCCGCUGACGGAAGUGCGAGAGUGAGCGCGCCGGGUCGUGCCCGCGCUGAGCCGGGCGCCGAGAUGCUUCCCGGUGACGGGAGUGAGCGAUGAGCCGGCUCCUGUUUCUGGCCCACAGAGCCGCCUUGGCCGCCGUGCGCUGUCGCCCCGCCUCUCGCGGGUUCGGGAUGUUCUAUGCCGUGAGGAGGGGCCGCAAGACCGGGGUCUUUCUGACCUGGAAUGAGUGCAAGGCUCAGGUGGACCGGUUUCCUGCUGCCAGAUUUAAGAAGUUUGCCACAGAGGAUGAGGCCUGGGCCUUCGUCAGGAAAUCUGCAAGCCCGGAAGCUUCAGAAGGGCAGGAAGGUCAACAUGGACAAGAAUCACAGACGAAAGCCAGCAAGCGACUCCGUGAGCCACUGGGUGGAGAUGAAGGCGCAGAGCCGUAUGCAAAGCACUUGAAGCCCAGUGUGGAGCCGGCACCUCCAGUUAGCAGAGACAUGUUUUCCUACAUGGGAGACUCGGUUGUCGUCUACACGGAUGGCUGCUGCUGCAGUAAUGGGCGGAGGAGGCCACGAGCAGGAAUCGGCGUUUACUGGGGGCCGGGCCAUCCUUUAAAUGUAGGCAUUAGACUUCCUGGGCGACAGACAAACCAAAGAGCCGAAAUUCAUGCAGCCUGCAAAGCCAUUGAACAAGCAAAGGCUCAAAACAUCAAUAAAUUGGUUCUGUAUACAGACAGUAUGUUUACCAUAAAUGGUAUAACUAACUGGGUUCAAGGCUGGAAGAAAAACGGGUGGAAGACAAGUACAGGGAAAGAGGUGAUCAACAAAGAGGACUUUGUGGCACUGGAGAGGCUCACCCAGGGCAUGGACAUCCAGUGGAUGCACGUUCCUGGUCAUUCAGGAUUUACGGGCAAUGAAGAGGCUGAUAGAUUAGCCAGAGAAGGAGCUAGACAGUCGGAAGACUGACCCACGUGACGUGAGUCCUUGGGAAAACUUGAGCCAGCGGCUGUUUCGCUGCUUGUACUUACUGGUGUGGAAAAGAGCCUGCAGGCGGGACCACUGCGGUGGAUGGGCAGACGCGGCUUUCACAUGGAAUCAGGGAGGCGCAGUGGCAUUCUGUGACCCAAUUUUAUAAAAAAUCGUUAAGUAUAUAAUAUAUUGAACAUCUUUGAGAUUGGAGAGUUAUGUGAGAUUUCAGCAUUAUGCUUACUGUGUUCCAUACGUUCUUGCUUGUUUUAUUGCAGGCAAGCAAGGCAAAUGGCCUAAAAUGCUGCAGCUUAUAUUUAUGUUGAUAAGAAAUCUAAAAAACACUGUUUAAAAGAUGCAACUCAGAAGUCUGGGAGUAUUCUGAAAGCAUCCAUUUACCGUCCGGUUUAUAGGAGUGAGUCUCCUGCUUGUAUAGUGACAUGCCUGUGGGUACAUUAGAGAACCGUGCAGCCUGGGGCCUGGGUGGGCAGCUCAGCGGGCAGGAUGUGUGCUGGGUCUCAGCCCCACAAGCCUGCUUGCGGGGCACUUGGUAUAGGGCAAAGCCUGCCUGCAGGCAACCCUGGCUGCUAGGCCAUUCUCUAGGAACAGUUACAACUUGUAAAGACCAAGAUGUGUAAAUAAGUCUUUCAAAAAUUUAUUUGGUUCUUCUGUUAAAAACUGCAAAUUUAAAAAAAAAAAAA